CCAAGCAACAUACAAUACAACUCAUCUCUCUCUUUCUACCCCCCUCAUCUCUUCGUUCAUCCAUCUUAUAUAUCUAAUUCUCGUAAUCUUGGUUUCUAAUCGUUUUCUCUGAUAAACGAGAUUGAUUCACUUGCUUUAAACUUGCAAUGAAACAGAGUAUCAACGGCGGUGGAGGCGGAGGCGUGUGUGGUGGCCGUGGGUUGAAAAUUCCGAGUGAAGAUGAGGUUGAAGUUAUUAGUAUUUUGAUCAAUCUACCGAAUCUAAUUUCGAAAUCGGAGUUGCUUAGUAAAUACAGUUUUACUUGGGGUCGAAAGAAGAAAAGAUCUGUGUUGGUUUCGAAAUCGGAAUCGUCUCCGUCAACUCACCGUCAAAUUAAUGAGAGUAGACCGGAGAAAGUAAAGGCGGCCGAAGAUGAUAAAAGCCCUUCAACACCGCUGUGUUUCUUACCUAGUGGCAGCGGAAGCGACGGUGCUGCUGAUAAGCCUAAACAACACUCAUCUUCGAAGAAACAUUCAAAGAGAAAGGCAACGAAUGAUUUGAUUGAGAGAUAUCACGAAAUGCAACAAGAAAGAGAAAUCCUCGUCAAGAAAAUAAAAGCCAUGGAGAAUCAUCGUGAAGAACUCAUCGCUCAAAAUCUGGAGUUGAAACGAAAAAGACAAGAGAUAAAUACGAGAAACAUGGAUGAUCUUCACUUAUGGAAUAACUCUAUGAGAAUGAAUCGUGAUCAACAACAUUAUCAUCGUCAACAACAACAACAAAUUACCAUGUAUGCCCCUCCUCCGGCGGCGGCGCCGUCACAAUUACAGCAGCAUUGUCAACAAUUUAUGGUGGAUCCGAACAACGGCAAAGUGGUGGCGGUGAGUUGCUCCGGUAACAGUAACAAUGGUGGUAGAUUUGAUUUCUUCAAUCAGAUUGAUGCACGUGUCAAGAUUCAAGGGGAGACUUUUGAUUUCAUGACUCCAUCUCAGCCGUUGGAUCAGAGUAAAUAUUUAGCGAUGGAUAAUGAUCAAAGGGUCAGAAGUGCAGCAGAGGCAAGAAGGUAUCGGUUUAUGAGGAUGAAAGAGAACAAGAACUCUUCGUCGGCGAUGAAAUUGUCGAGAGGGUGUAGAUGACGAUGGCCGGCGAUUAGGUUUUUUUCUUGACAGGGGUGAUUUGGUAAUUUCACUUAAAGAGAUGGCUAAAUUACAAUAGAUUAUUUUUGCCUAUUUUUCGGGUCAUGGGUAGAG